AUGUGGAAAAUAGUUAUCGGACUUGCACUUGUUUGAUCAGUGUUGGCUAGAACAAGAGUGACUGCAGAGGGGACUGAAGGGAUUGGUGAAUUGGAGAGGAAGGGGAUAGGAGAGAGAUAUAGUUAUAAGGAGUUGAGGAGAGUCUUUGAAGAGGUUGUGCUGAUUGGAGAGUUGUUGCAGCAAGGGAAUGAUUUGGAGCAAGAGAAAAUUGAUGAUCUGGAUAUUGAGGAGUUGACGUUUGAUGUUAAAGAUUUGGCUAGUAAUUUCCGACCGUUUGUAGCGUAUUUUUUAUCACAAGGAGCAAGUAAAUGCGCUCUUUAUCAAGAUUCUGUGAAACUGGAUCAAAUUAUGAAAAUACUAUCUAAAAGAGGAUAUAAUGAGACUAUUAAUCCACAGAAAAUUGUUGAGAUAGAGAUUAGAAAAUUGGCACCAAAUUUUGAUGUUUCUGAACUUUGUGCAGAUUAUACAAUAGGUUCAUUGACCCCAUCAGAAAACAAAUCUUUUAGUUGUAAAAUGCCCUUUGUUCCUCUUUCUACAAUGGAAUUAGGAGUAGAGCUAAAUGGUUAUCCAAACUUUGCUCUUAAAAAAUUAAUCGACUUCAGUCAGAAAAGCAUUGAGAACUGUGGAGAAAAGCGAAACGGGAUCACCACCCACUCAGUACUUAACUACUCCUGGGAACAAAAAACUAACUCAGAUUUAAUACACAUCCAAUUCACUGACCAAACCAGCACCCCUGCCAAAACCUACAAGCUAGACCUCCACAAAUCUUUCACAAAGGGAUACUUCACCUCACCUGACUCCCUUACUGAUCGCUACUUAUUCUCCUUGUCCUCACUAUGCCCACCUCUUCCGGCUGGAGGGAGUCCCUCCAGCAGUGAAGGCUGAGUGUGGCACACUGAGCAAGGCAAGAAGAUGAGGUACGACCAAGUCACUGGGCAGUUUAGUGAAGAUAGAUAAAAUGAGUUAAUUUUGGUGCUCAAUAUG